AUGUGUCGUGGAGACGGCACUGCGUCGAAUACCACUUCUGAGGGUAUUGGUUGCUGUUCAGGAGAGGCUCAGCUCGCCACUCAUUAUGGGGAUGAAGCCAGGUCCAGUGUACAGGCAAUAACUUACCAAAAAGGUCUAUCGACUGUGUGUUCCUCGGUGGGUGUACAAGUGCAGCGAUCCUUGGCAAUCCCACAUCGGACAGGAUGGUUCGUGAUGCCUACACCUAAUGCAGCAGCAUCUGAAGAAAUCGUCCGCCAAAGGCGCAGACAGGCUCACCGUAGCAUGGCUGAUUAUGUAGUCCGUAAUCCCGUCCACCGUGGGUGGACAGGCACAGAUUUGCCCCUUACGAUCUCCGGCUCUGCGGUCGUUCCCGGACGCUCCGGCAAAAAAGGGAUAGGCAAGGCGUCUGGAUCACCGGCAGCUACAGACUGUUACUUUUUGGCGAUCUUACUCGUUUCCAUUUCCCCCUUGGGUACUUGGGUACACUGCUCCGUAAAUGUUUCGUGCUUUUGCGCCCAACAUCCUGGAUGGAAUCAUGUCCCUCGUGGGCGAGGUGUGUCAUUAGGAGCUGAGGCUAACAUAGGCGGUUGUGCACAUGCAAAUAUGGCCCAGGACUACACUUCGUAUGCUCAGGUUAAGGCGUUGCUUAUGACAGACAUUGCGUGUCCUGACUCGAGACCCACACGGACGGUUCCAAGAGUCACUGGCGGACCCUCCUUGACUGACACGCCCCCAAUUGACAGCCCGGUAGAACCGAGGUUUUGGACCGUGGGAUUCGUUGUCUCUAGUCUCCAUCGAGUUUCGCACGUUCAAUGGCGCGCACGACCUGCAAAAAUUUCAUUGCCUGGUGCGGCCAAAAGAUCGAGACCGAGCGAAGAAAACCCCCCACAGCCACCAGAACGGACGCCAGGGCUCAAUUUUGAAUUUCGAAAGUCCGCCGUCUAUUUGGCCCCAUUUAUCGGCGCCCUAAGCCUUCUUGGGAGGUUAGUUCGUGCCGACCACGAAGGAGUUUGUCCUCCGAGCGGACUAAAUCCUGCCUGCUGGAGCCCGAAGCUCUUACGCGGAAGUCUGGCUGGUCAACGAUGCAUUCUCCGUGCAUAUCCCCUUAUGCGGCCUGUGGCGAGUAAAAAGUACAUUGUUAAGAGACAAGCCAGCGGGUUUAUAGUUGCUAUCCCACAUAGACAUCCUAAACAGACUGGUGCGUGGAUGACGGGUGACAUCCAUGGAACCGGGAUGAAGCCGAUCGAUCCUGGAGUUAAACCGGAAUGGACGGCAGCACUUGAGUGGCCGAGGAGGGAGGUGGAUGGAGGCCGGCGGAAGAGAGAAGGAAGAGAAAGUGGGUGCGGCCAAAAGUCCAGAACGGCGUCUGGUCGAGACAAUCAGAGUCGCUAA